AUGUCAGCCAACGCCACCCUCCACACCGACACGGGCAACCAACCCGUGGACCCCUACACAACAAAGAACUCCGAAGACCCGCCGCUGGCGCAAAAGAUCGAAGACCUAGUUGACUUCAUCUCAGAAGUGAAAUUCGGCAUGCUGACAACGAAACAAUCCUCCGGCGAGUUCCUGACCUCGCGCUGCAUGGCCCUGGCAGGCAAAGAACACGGCGGCAUCGACCUGGUCUUCCACACGAACUUGUUCUCCGGCAAAACCAUGGAUCUCACCGUGCACCCGCGGGAAACCAACAUGUCGUUCCUGGAUCCAGUCAACGGUGCCUGGGCGUCCAUCUCGGGCUCUGCGUCGAUCGUCGCGGACCCGGCUACCGUCCAGCAAUACUACUCGCCCGCGCUCAAGGCGUGGCUGGGUGAUCUGGGUGAUGGAGUGCAUGAUGGUGGGCCGACAGAUCCGCGUAUUGGGUUGAUUCGGCUCGAGGCGAAGCUGGCAACGCAUGUUGUUUCUCGGAAGGGGAUGCUGGGCCGCGCGGUUGAUACGGUCAAGGGGGCUGUCCGUGGUGAUGUCCCGUCUAUCAAUAGUAUUCGGGAGCUGAGUUUGGAGGAAUUGGCUGAGUGGCGCCGGACACACCAGAAAUAA